AUGGCGGAGACCGCAGAGCCGGCCAGCGCGCCCGCUGAGCCUCCCAAGCAGGCGGUUGAAUCAAUUGACCAGCCUGCUGCGGAGCCUGCUGCGGAACCAUUUGCGGAACCAGCUCCUGAACAGGCGCCAGAGCCAACCACAGAAAGUGUCCUAGAGGCAGCACCUCAAGCGACAUUUGAACAAACCCCUCACGCUGAACAAACUUCUCAGGCUGUGGUUGAAGCAGGUGUGGAGACCUGCAACUACGCACCAGAGUCAAUGAUCUCCGCCAUUGACACGGCGCUCCCUCCGAUUGACAAGACUAUGCCGGCCGAGGAUACAACUCUACCCCCAAUCGACACGUCGUUACCCAGCCUGGAUACGUCCUUGCCGCCAAUCGAUUCGUCGGUGCCAUCUUUACCCCCGAUCGAUACGUCUCUACCACCGUUAGACACCACUCUCCCGGCUACAGAGCCGGGUUUCUCAUUUUCAAGCACAAAGCUGGGCAACAGCGAGCCUGUUGGUCCAGAUUUCACGGGUCCCAUCACCGGAGGAUCUGAGCAUUCCACAGCCAACCAAACAAGCUUACCCUCGACGCAAGCGUCAUCUUAUCAUCAAUCUAACGGGACAUACACGCCGCAACCCGCUCAGCAACAGCAGGAGCAACAGCAGCAGCAACAGGAUGCGCACUACCAGCAUCAGUAUCAGCCACCGCAACACUAUGCGCCCCCGCAGCAUCAACAGCAGAAUCAGCCAUCACAGCAGCAAUAUCAGCAGCCGAGUUCCGAUAUGUAUCAGAACCACCAGUCCCCGCCCACGCACAUGAAUGGCCCAUCGCAACAAUCCCAUAUUCCUCAGGCCCCCAUUGGGUCCCCAAUGCCCUCGAACAUGCCUCCCAUGUCCUCUACUGACCAGUAUAUGGCGGGAUAUUCGGCGAAUGUUGCACAAAUGGGUUAUAACACGAGCGCGCAGAUGCGGUACCAGCUGCCUGGUGAUCCCAACAAGAUGCUGUCUGGCGGACGGCACAAGAAGGAGGUUAAGCGCCGAACGAAAACCGGGUGCCUGACAUGCCGAAAGCGCAGAAUCAAGUGUGACGAGGGACACCCGGUUUGCAGAAAUUGUGUCAAGAGCAAGCGUGAAUGUUUAGGUUACGACCCUGUGUUCAAAACACCGGCAUCGACCCCUUCUGCCAUCCAACCAGCGCCUAACCCGGCUCCUUCACUGGUUGUCAAUCCUCAAGAUCCUACACCGUCAUACCCAGCUGCUCCUCCUGGUUAUAUGCCCGCGGCGUCCCAACCGUUCGCCCCGUCUCUCCAUUCCGAAUCGCCAUCUACAUCUACCGAACAGCAGUACGACUACGGGACUCCUUCUGCUGACCCUUCCUUGGGCGGCAACAACUCGUCGAACAUGGCCAGCGUGCAGAACAUCACCGAGGGAGGUUUGCAGUCGUCUCUCAAUGCCUCAACAAAUACCACAGCGAACCCUUCAGAACCCUCCAGCUUCAGAGUGAAACGAGCCCAGAUAAGCGAUUUAUUGGCGCUGAGAGGCAUCCCUCCUCCACCCCCUCAUCCCAUCACAUCCCUUCCACCGAAUCGCCUAGAGGAAAUCAAAGCCGUGUUCCUCGCUACAUAUGCACCCGCCAUUGAUAGAUUCUUCGAGACUCGCUGGUUUUCCGAGAAAGCGCUGGGCCACCUUCUCGCCAAUGCACAGCUCAUGGCCGAGUAUUCUGCCUUGAUUGAUGCUUUCAAUGAUCGUAAUCUCAAUGACCCCAACGUCGUGGCACAAUUGGAGAGUUUUGAAGCGUCUGUCGUUUGGAGCACCAUGACUUUGUGCCGCCAUGUGAUGAAUGUUUCCAAUGGUAGCCUCGGACAGGAUUUCGAUCUACUGGCCACCGCUUCCAGACUUGACGUGAUUGAAGCAAUGAUCACGGGCGAGCAUCUGGACAGAAAUCCGCUGGCGCAGUUCCCGAAUCGCGAACCGGCAGCCAGCCCGCCUACCCUUCCUGAUCAACUCAUGCAAAGAUCCUUGGACUUUUGGAGCUCGAUUGGCCAUUUCUUGACUCUCCAUGAUAAUGAAGCCAUCUCAGCGAAAGAGAUCGAUGAUACCCUGGCUCGGUGCAGGACUCUGCUGGAUACCUACGAGAAUCGCGAUGUGAUCUACUCGAUCGCCAUUGCCCGCCACAUCGGACAGCGCUGGGCGGACUUUCCACAUAGCAUCCCUCAGCAUGUCACACCGAACGAAAAAGAUGCGGGGGCCAAGCUGUAUGUCGCGCAGAAAUUCCUGGAGCAGGAGGCUGGCGGCAAAGGAACCACGCAGGUCAUCAAGCGCCUUUGCGGUAUGGUUGUCCGCUCGUGGUAUGUCUCCCGUGAGUAA